AUGGAAGGAUUUCAUCCAGACUGGCAAGGCUAUUUUAAGCCUUUAAUUGCCUUGGUAGCCCCAAAAAAUAUACAAGAACAUCUUUCGAGAAGUAUUUAUUCAUUUCGGCCAAAAUCAUGUUUUCCUUGUGAUAAAUACCUUGAAUUAAAAUGUAUGACAUAUUCAGAACUUCAUAAUCCAACGCAAAUACCAAGUGCAACUUCUCCAUCUAAAGCUUUAUUAAAAUCUCCGUAUUCUAUUUCAAAUUCAAAUUGUAUAUUAGGAAACCGAACUGGUAGUUAUCUUGGUGGAAUCGAUAUUUUGAAUAUGAAUUGGAUGAAUAAGGUUAGAUAUGAAACACCAGCUCUAUAUAUACUUUGCUUUGACUGGCAGAGAUAUCCAAUUAAUACAACAAACACCUCAAACUCUGAAACCGAAAAGAAUCAGCAAAUUAUUAAUGAACUUGAAAACGAUGCUCUCCAUAUAAUUAGAAAUAUUAUAUCAAUAUUAAAGAAGAGACAAUCUCCGCCAUCAGUUUUAAUUUUCGUGAUUCUACCAUCAGGUACUCCAGAUCCUCAAUCAUGUGUAACAUGUUUCAGAAGAAACCACUUUCCAGAAUUGCAGGCAAUAUUUGUAACUUGUGGAUUAAAGCACCAAAAACAAUUAAAUGUUAGAAUUGAGAGAUUAGCUGAAAUGGCUUAUGAAACAGCUCAAGCAUACUAUAGUGAGAAUGAGCGUAGAUGGAGAAAAUCUGCAAUCAAGGCACAGACAGCUGGUAUAACUGCCCCAAAUGAUUCGUUUAUUGGAAGUUUAUCCAUGAAAACUUCAUCUUCUGGACUAAGAUAUUCCGUUUCAAAUAGUAUACAAUCAAGUCUAUCUCCAAGAUUUGGUAGAAAUUCAUACUUUUCAACAAGUAACUCAAGUUCAAAUAGUGUGAACAAUCUCUUUAAAAAUGUAAGCUUGGGAGGUGGAAGUACUUUAUCUAGAUCAAAUAAAAAUAACUCUUUUGCUUCAAGUGCUUCUGGAAAUGGUUGUCAAACACUGACUCAGCUUCAAUCAAAAGUAUUAUUAAUAAGAUACUGCAUAAAGAGUGCUGUAAUGAAUGAAUUUUGUGGAAACUUUGUAUUAGCUACAAAACAAUAUAUUGCUGCUUGGGAUAAUAUUAUGAAUGAAACAAAUAUACCUUCUCAUCAAUUUGUGGUACUUUUUAAUAUAAUAAGUUUAAGGCUUUACCAUAUUUAUGUUAUAAAUGAUGAAAUCCAAAAAGCUAUGAGCCAUUUAAAGAUUCACUGUAGAACUCUCCGAGAAUUUGGAGUAAAUCAUCCAAAAUUUAUAUUUUUAUCAUCCUUAUGGCUUUCUCAAACACUCCAAAAAUUGGCUUCAAUACUUUUUUUUUAUAUUGUAAAUAAGAAUGAACACAAUCAUAGUCUUAAUCAAGAUCCAAAUACUAGAGAAUAUACAAAAUUAUGCCAUAAUAAUUAUCACCAAUACCCUGAUGGACUUGAAUUCUCAUCAAUUCCAUUAUCUAUAGGAAAUAAUCAUGAAAAGAUCAUUUCAAGAGCUUCAGAGACCUGCUCUGAGAGUUGUGCCUUUAAAUUGGAAAAUGAUAAUCUUGGUGAUAUUCUUUCCUCAAUUGCCAGAUCUAUUCAAAAUAUCGUUAUUAUUAAUAAGAAUAAUCAAUUUGAUGCAAACAAUGAAAAUGAAGUUAGUGGAAAAGAUCGUGGUGAAUUUACCGUUAUAAAUAACAAUUACCAUAAUAAUGAAGUAGUUGAUACAUUACUAAACAUUUCAAAACUUUAUAAAACUUCAGCAGAAUAUUCUCACCUUUCGAGAAGCCAGCUCAGUGAGUUUUGCAAUGAAUUUGAUACAGAAUUCUUCCAAAAUGAUUCAGAGAUCGGAGGGGAGAUUCUUCCUCCUCUUUCACUCGGGUGUUUUGAAGAGCUUUCUUCUCCUGAAAUAUUUUUUGAAUAUGAAAGAAAGGAGCUUACUCAAUACAAUUCAACAUUCAAUGAACUAGGUAAACUUAGCUCACUAUAUAUUGGCUCAGAUUCUUUUGAUAUUAACCAAAUUGAAGACAGAAGUAUUGCUUCAGAAGUUCUUGCUUCUUGUGAGAUUGUUAGAAGAAACAUUAAAUUACUUGUCAAUUCAAAAUCUCUAUUUUACAGGUCCAUUUCACUUUUUUAUAUUUCAGCAGUCAUUUACAGACAUUUUUAUCCAAGUAAUUUAAAUUUCAUUUCCCACCCAAAUAUUAACAUUCACGCAAAUAGUAGCGUGGAAACAUCACAAAAAAGUAUUAAUAAUAAUUUGCAAACAUGCAAUGCCUCUGUAAAUAAAUGCAAUUUGCCCGCACAUGCAGCUCAUGUGGACAAUGCAAGUCAGAGUGGAUGCAUGCAUGCCAGUGCAAAUUUGGCAGAGGUUUUGCCCGGUAUUCAGGGUCAGAAUAAAGUUGAGGCGGGUGUUGGAAAUUUUUUGGGGCCAAGUACGUCAUUAGUAAAUGGAAUUGGAACUGUAGGAAGCUUAUCAGGAGGAACUGGGGCUGGUUCUACCUCUGCAGUAAUUCCCCCCAAGGUUGGAGUUGGGCAGGUUUUGGGAUAUACAACUGACCGUUUCUUUCAGAUGAUUUCGUUUUCUUUUGCGGAUUGCCUAUUUGAGGAGAAUUAUAUCAACUGUUCAUUAAGUAUUUUUGAAGCAAUAUUUCAGUCUGUAAUACCAAAGCAUGUUUUUGCUGAAAUUAGUAGGUUAACUACAAUAGAUGAGCAACAAAGUAAGCUUUUUGGAAAGAAGAAGGCAACUUUGUGGGAAAUAGUUAAUCCUCAAAUGACUAAUACAUGCUUUCAGCUAACAAGUAGCUACUUUGACUCGAGCUUUUGGUUAUUUUUGAAGCGAGUUUCUGCCAAAAUACUUGAAUGCCUUUCAAUUCAAAAUUUAAAUAUGGAAGAAAGAAUGAAUAUGCCAAAAAUUAUUAUUUCUAAUGCAAAUUCUGAAAAUAAAAUAUUUCGAAGUAAUCCAAAUCUCUGUAAUAAUAAUAGUAAACAAGAUGACCAAUAUAUCUAUUCUGUAGUCUCAAGCUUCCUAGCUGUACUAAAACCAAAAAGAACGUGGAUACAAGGCCAAAAUCAAGCUACUCAAUGUAAACAGAAAACCAAUACUUCUAAUCACUGCUCAAUUAUGAUUCUUUCUUAUUUAAUUAUUUCAAACUCACUUGAAAAAGAAUCAGAAUCUACGCACAAACAAGAAAUUGAAAGCUUUUAUAACUGGGUUCAAGUAUUAUAUUACAAGGUAUUAAAUAGUGCUGUUACUAGUAAUACUGGGGGAGAUAACAUGAAUAAUACCAUUAAUUCUAAUAAUAUUUCGUCAGCAAAAUCUACUUCAAGUUUUACAGGUAAAGCCCAAGUAAAGAAUAUUCUAUUUACUCAUUUUCUUCAUAAUAACUAUUCAACUAUAUUACAAGACCAGUCAUUUCAUGAUAGAAUUACCAUAAUGAUUCAUCAUUUUCCAACUUUUCUAACUGUAUUUAUUAACUCCAAAGUGGAGGCGAGUCUUGUAAGUAAUAUUGGAAUAUUAGGAGUUAUUAUUGAUAAGUUUGAAAUUGUUGAAUUUGAAGAAGUUGGGAGCUUUAAUUCUCAAAUAUCACUACAUUGCAGAAUUAGACAUGUCAAUUACAUUCCUCAGAAUUAUGAAAAUAAUGAGCCCAGAAAAUUAUAUUAUCAGGAAUAUCGGCCUCCAAUUCUUAUUUUUGGCUUGUUUUUAUAUUUGCUUGUCUCGAAUUCAAGCCAAAGUAAUGAUUAUAUCAAGCUUGGAAUUCACGCAUUAAAGUAUUUCAACUACCAAAAAUCGAUCUCAAACUUGGCAGGGACCAAUAUAUAUAACUUUUCUUAUGUUCAAUUUUGUCUCAGAAGUCCACCAAUCUCUUAUUUUACAUGCACUGGAAGUUGGCUACGUCAUGCGAGAACCCUUAUAUAUAAUACUCCCAAGUUACAAAUUGUCCCAGGUGGGUUUUUAGAUUUAUCAACAAACACUAUAGCAAAUCCUGUUCCAAUUUUUAAAGUUCCCGUUGAUGAUUUACAACUCAUAUCAAAGUUUUGUCAGCCAUUUAACUCCCUUCCGAUUUUCCAUAAGCUUGUUACUAACAACGUGAUGUUCAAUGACAAGUUGUGUUUGAAGGUUAAUGAUGAUGGAAUUAGCCCUGAAAUUGAAAGUAUUAAGAAACUAUGUAAAGCUUGGUUAUUCUCUCCAUUUAAUGCUUUGGAUGUAUUUUUAUCUGAAUCUAAGCAAAGAGUAGAUACUAUUGAAUCUAUUAAGUAUAAUGCGAUUUCCAAUGAAAUUAGACCUUUACAAUUGAUUUUGAGAAUACCCAGAAACUUUUCAGAAAAAUUUAUGUUGGAUAUUUCUAUUAAUGUUGAAAAACUAAUCACUCAAGAUUCACAUCUUGAAAUUCCAAAAUCAGAAUUUGAAAAUCAUAAGGAGAAAAUCAUUCAAAAAGAAGAGGAUGUAGUUUCAAAGCUUGGAAUUCUACAAAUUCCAUUCAAUAAUAAAUGGAAAAUAGUAUUUAGCCAAAAUACUAUAUAUUCAGCUAAUGUUAAUAAUAAUAACAUCACCAUUAAUAGUAGUAUUAAUGGUAGUAGUAACUCAAACAGGAACUUAUAUCCUUAUUCUAAUACAGUUGGAAGAUUUAACAUUGAUGGAAAGCUUCUUACAAAAAGUAUUUUGUCCGAAAUCGAGACAAGUGAUGAAACAAGAACAGAAACAAGUAUUGGAAAUAUUCAUACAGAAAAUAGAAAUCUUAAUGAAUUUAAAAAAGUACACUCUUUAAUAAAAGGAGGAAAGAAAAUAGCAAAAAAAGAGGAUGAAACAGGAGAAGUUUUCAAUGAGAGUAUACAAUUUGUAAACUUUGACACUACUUUAGCUAAGGAGACUACAAAAUGUCCCUCAAAGAAGAGUUAUUCGGAGGUUGAAAACCCAUCUCCUAACUCAGGUUCAGGCUUGGGAUUGGAUUCAAACUCAACCUUAGAGUCACAAUUAACUUCUUCUUCUGAUUCUACCCGGUCUAUCUGCUAUUCAGAUGAAAAUUCAACCAGCUUUAUUGAUGAGAACAUUACUCCGUAUUUUAAGAUCUUGAAAAAUGGUCCAAAAAGUUAUGAACAAUUUGAAACAUUGCAAAGGGGAGAGAUAGAUAUUAUUGGUGAAGAAGAAUCGGACGAAGACUCUAUAUUCUAUACUUUAGACAACUCUUUGGGAGUACUUCUGUUCGUUCCUAUGUUUCUAAGUAUUAACAAGAGUGGAAAGUACAAAGUUUCAGCAAAUGUAAAAAUUCUGAAUAGAUUUCAGUUCUUUAAUAAUAAGGAUAUGGAAACCGAAAAAGAGACAGAAACAGAAACAGAAACAAAGAAAACUUUUGGUUUUUCCAGCAGCCUAAUAUUACAUGACUUGGAAUAUAGCAGGCCUUGGUAUGUUGGAGAGUGUAUCACUGUAAAUAGCAUGAUUCCAAAAAUGGAUUCAUUACAUGGAUCUGUUAACUAUGUAGAUAGGUAUGGAGGACAAUUGGAACACAGAAUUGUUCCUCUCUAUGAUAGUUCAAAAGGUAAUAGUCAGUUCUUUUUGUCAUUUGAGAUCACAAACCAACAAUUUAAAGAAAAGAUGGUCAUUGAAGACUUAAUAUUACCUUUUAAAUUUUCAAAUAUUGAUAAUUGGUACCCAAAAAUACUAAAUGGUAAUGAAUCCAAUACAAGUUUAAUUAAUAUAUCAAAAGAAGAUUUCGAAAAGUAUUAUAUUUCCAACAAGAAUGAAAAUCUAAAUACUCCAAAUGAAAUCAUUUCGAAUACAAAAUACCACCCAAAACUUAUAGUUUCUUUGGAGUAUAAACUUUCAUGCGAAAUUUCAAGUUUUAAUCAUGAUGAUGAAUUUUUACAGUUUUUAAUUUUUCCAUUCCAAAAAAUCUUUUCAUCAAAUUAUAUGGAUGAAUUUAAUGAAGAAAAGCAAAAAACAACAUAUCUAUCUUUAAAAUCAUUCCCAAUUAAGUAUGAACUUUUCUCAAGCCUUUAUAACUCUUUAAUCUCUCCAGUAAAGAGAUUUUAUCCAAUAACCUUGGAAACACACGUAAGACAAUUAAGUUACAUUGGUAACCCAUUUAUUUAUGAAGCAGUUAUUACUAAUCAUACAAAUCUUCCUCAACCUAUUAAAUACUCUCUAAUAUAUCCACCAAAACACCCAAAUAGUGAUCAGGAUUUAUCAAACCAAAUGAAUAGUAAUUGUGACUCCAAAAAUUUGUCAUUAUCUUCUGCUUUGAAAUACAAUAAUAAUCAUAAUCUUCCAGUAUGGUUACCUUUACUAAUUCAAGGUAUUACUUCCAGUAAUGUACUUCUUAGGCCAAAAUCCACAGAAAUUAUAAAAUGGAAUUGUAUCCCAACUCAAGCUGGAACUAUUCCUCUACCUUGUAUUUACAUUCAAUCAGAAAGAUCAAACAAACAAUUUAUUGAUUUUAAAAAUCAUGAAAAUAAUUCUUUCUCUUCCAAACAUUCAGUUCAACCUCAGCUUAUUUCUGUUUUAUAUACAUCAGAAAAAAGAAUUGUUGUCAUUCCAAGACCAAAUAAUAACUUAAUCAACUAA